AGGAAGCUUCUCUUCCUGCGAAUGAGUUGGGGAGCAAAGGGCUUUUCGGGGUGCUUUGGGACGAAAAAAUAAGGCUUCGGACGCAGAGGGGCAGCCAGGGCAAAUAAGCGACACUGGUAUCUGCAAACAGAAGAACCUGCUGUAAAACUUUCUGCAUGCUUUUUUUUUUUGCCUGUUUACUCGGAGUAUAUCCCAGCGAAACUUACUUGGAGGGAGAAGCCACUCCCCACUGGCUAAGCAGAAAAACGCCUGCUUUCGAAGCAACAUGUUCUCACAGGCCUGUUGCACACUGCAAGAACCAUGAAUGUGUUGGACUUUACAGCUUGUGUUGGAGUUUUGAGGUCAGGUGUCCCCAGUGUUCUCUCACUCACCGUCCAGCAGACAAGUUGGAUCAAGGUGUGAAAUCAUAGAGUCAGAAGGAGAACAAUGACUGCAAAGCAGGAAACAACAAACGUGAGUCUGCAAAGUGAGACCGUGUUUGAAUGGGGCUUACCACCAGUGGUGAAAAUGGAAGAACAGGACCCAGCAGACUCAAUGCCAGAGGAGAAACUGAAGAGUGUAAGAAAACCCACUUUUGUUAUCCAGGCGGGGACAUCUGAAGAGUUUCUGAGAUGGGUGGCAUUGCCACAAUCCAGGAAUCAACACCAGGAGACAGAAGGGAGAUGGGAGGUCCAGCGGCCAGAGAUGGUUGUUCCUCAGGUUACAUCAGCUUCCUCUCCUGCAUGGGGCAACCUUCAAGUGCCUCAGCUCACUGUGGCAGAUGAUAUCGAGGUCUAUUUGUCCACCUUUGAACGUGUGGCUGAUGUCUGCCAGUGGCCAAGAGAGCAGUGGGUGGUCCGACUUGUGCCUGCCCUUAGUGGGGCAGCCCAAGAGGUCUACAACAGCCUGAACUUGAGAGACAGAGAAGAUUAUGAGAAGGUGAAAGCUGCUAUCUUGUGCUGCUGUGACAUUGGCUGUGAGACUCGACGGCAGCGCUUCAGGCAGUUUGGUUUCCAGGAGGCUGGAGACCCCCGCCAGGCUUGCGGAUACUUGCGUGAACUUUGCCAUCGUUGGCUGAAGCCAGAGAUUCGCACUAAGGAGCAGAUUCUGGAGCUGUUGAUUCUGGAACAGUUCCUGAACAUCUUGCCAGAGAAAAUACAGACUUGGGUUUGGGAAUGUCAUCCAGAGACCUGUGCCCAGGCUGUGGCCCUUGUGGAAGAGUUUACCUUCAGACAGCAAGAGGCCAAGAAAUCAGAUUUGCAGGUCACUGUUGGCAUGAAAGUGGAGGAAGUGACCUCUGAAGAGGAGCUAACAUCUCCCGCCCCAUUGUGGGAUGUUCCUGGCUCUCAGUCCCACCCUACAUGCCACGCACAGGAGGCAGUGGGACGGAAUGAACCCCUAGAAGCCCGGCAUGGCCUGCCUAGAGAAGAGACUCAGCCUCCACAGGAGAUAGCAGGUGCCAGGACUGCCCACCAGACUGCAGCUACCCCAUCUGUGGAUGACCCUGUAGCGCCAGAGAUGCCCAGGGAUAUAUGGAGGAAUAUGGCUGAGGCAACAUCCUCAGAGUGGGAGGAGGACAAACAUCCAGGUGAGCAGGACGGCUCUUCAGAAGACGAGCUUGCUAUCCAAACAAGAGGACCCAGAGAGUGUCCAGCCUUCCUCCGUUCACUGGCCCUUAAGACUAGGGAGGAACCGAAGGGCACAGAAAGCCAAGCAAGGGCAUUCUUCUGGGGAGAAAAACCUCACCAGUGUCGCGAGUGUGGGGACAGCUUCAGAGCAAAGCAAGAACUUGCCUUGCACAAGGGAAUUCACCGGCGGGAGAGGCCCUUCCCCUGUGCUGUUUGCGGGAAGAGAUUCACCCGACUGUACCACCUCACCACGCACUUGCGGAUUCACUCUGGAGAGAAGCCUUACCACUGCAUCGAGUGUGGGAAGCGAUACGCAGAUGCCUCCAAUUUUUACAAACACCAGAGGAGCCACGCCGCUGAGAAGCCCUACCAGUGUGCAGAAUGUGGGAAAACCUUUGGGGACCAGUCCCAUUUUUAUAAACACCAGAAGGGGCACCGAGGGGACAGACCUUACAUUUGCAAUGCAUGCGGAGACUGUUUCAGCAAACAAAAGGAUCUUGUUGCUCACCAGAAAAUUCAUGAGGAUGGGAGGGUGCCCUCUCUGUAUUGACUGGAGGUUGCAGGUGGAGUCACCACUCAUUGUGACGUCUCCUUGGCGGUGUUGUAAGCUGUGCCCACAAAGCAGCCUGUGAUGGAAUACGGGACACUGGGCCAGGUCCCCUUGUGGCAGUGCUGUUGUGCCCUACUGGAGGAAAUAACAGUGGGUCCAGAAUUGUUGCUGCAUGCUGGCGCACCUGUGGGUCAUGCUCUCUAAGCUCUGAUAAAACGUGCUUGGGAAAUGCAGAAAUGGAGGCUGGGAGGCUAAGGAACUGCAACAACAUGGCACCACUCAAAGCGUUUUCCUAAGGGAAGCAGGAAUACAGGAAAGGGGGCAUGAUGUACAAACGCUCAAAUAUACUUCCAUUGUUUAACUCUGGAAGGUGGAUGGCUAUCAGUUUGCAAUUGAAAAUGCCUACCACUAAUCAUUCUUUUAUGGAUGCAUAUUCUGGGGCAGUGAAUGGAGAUUAAGGGAAGAAUCUCUUAAGGUGGUACAUUCUGCCUCAUGAGUUUUCAUCUCAGGGAGAUUUUCUUUUUAGCAAAAAGUACAGAAAUAAAAUAUAGAUAUCAUACGGAUGCCAUUCUACGGAAGAUUUCUUUAUAAACUGGCAAAUUCCAACACAUGAAACCAUCAUUCUUUACUUGAAUUACCAUCAUCGGGUUGGAUCCCAUGGAAGAAUUCGGUGUGGGCAACUGUUCUUGCACUUGCAGAAGUCCUAAAAAUUACUCCACGCUAAUUACUACUUGUGCUAAGUGAAAGUGACUGUACCUCCACUAUCUCUGCCUGCAUGUCAGACAUAACACAAAAUUUUUCUUUUGAUCCAAUUCCAAAACCAGAUUAAAUGAAAUCAGUUCAAAUUA